UCAGGCAUUAUCCACGGCUCCCGUUUGUCGUCUACAAAGUGAGAACAUUUCGAUAGUCAACUGACUAAGAUAGAAGUUGGAGACCUUGAAGUUUAUUGCUCGGUGGAAACUUUGUUUAGUCUGGAUAAAACAAGGCGUCUUGAUUGGGACAGCUGUCAUUUUGAAGUUCGUUUCAAUUGACACACACAUGUAAGUGAAUGACAGUGUGUUUGUCGUUUGAGCGUGAGUGUACGACUGACCGACUAACUGGAACGUCAUCUAAAAUUCCGAAAUAUUCAGAACCCGCUGAGAUGGCAGUCAGAUCAUAUUCUAACUAAGCCUGUGAGUGGCUGGAGACGGAGAAAGGGAGUAACGGACAGAUCGAGUCUCCAAAACAGAAUAUGGGUGAAACAGAGGAUGAGAGGAGCGCCCAGGCGGGGCAGCUCUUUGAGAACUUUGUCCAGGCGUCCACGUGUAAGGGCACUCUGCAGGCCUUUAGUAUCCUAUGCAGGCAGAUGGAUCUGGAUCCGCUGGACUACAGGAACUUCUACAGCAACCUCAAAGCCACGGUCACCAAUUGGAAGGCCAAUGCCCUCUGGACCAAACUGGACAAGAGAGCCGGCCACAAGGAGUACAAGAAAGCCAAAGCCUGUGAGGGCACUAGGUCUUUGAUCAUUGGAGGAGGGCCCUGUGGCUUGCGCACAGCCAUCGAGCUGGCUCUGCUGGGGGCCAAGGUGGUGGUGAUUGAGAAGAGGGACACCUUCUCCAGAAACAACGUGCUCCACCUGUGGCCCUACACCAUCCAUGACCUCAGGGGCCUCGGGGCCAAAAAGUUCUAUGGCAAAUUCUGUGCCGGAGCCAUAGACCACAUCAGUAUUCGCCAGCUCCAGCUCAUGCUGUUGAAGGUCUCCCUCAUCCUGGGAGUGGAGGUCCAUGUCAACGUGGAGUUUGUCAAACUGCUGGAACCACCGGACAAGCAGGAGAAUGAAGGGCCUGGAUGGAGAGCUGAGAUCAGACCAUCAAACCACCCCCUCACUGACUUUGAAUUUGACGUGGUGAUCGGUGCGGAUGGACGCAGAAACACGCUAGACGGUUUCAAGAGGAAGGAGUUCCGGGGUAAGCUGGCCAUCGCCAUCACAGCCAACUUUGUCAACAGGAACACCACGGCCGAGGCCAAGGUGGAAGAGAUCAGCGGAGUGGCCUUCAUCUUCAACCAGAAGUUCUUCCUGGAGCUCAAAGAGGAGACAGGGAUUGAUCUGGAGAACAUUGUGUACUACAGAGACAACACACACUACUUUGUGAUGACCGCAAAGAAGCAGAGUCUGCUGGACAAGGGGGUCAUCAUUCAUGAUUACAUUGAAACAGAGAAGCUGCUGGACCAAGACAACGUGAACCAGGAGGCUCUUCUCUCCUAUGCCCGCGAGGCGGCCGACUUUGGCACCAACUACCAGCUGCCCUCUCUGGACUACGCCAUCAACCACUGCAGCCAGCCCGACGUGGCCAUGUUCGACUUCACCUGCAUGUACGCCUCGGAGAACGCAGCGCUGUUCAGGGAGAAGUGCGGACACCAGCUACUGGUGUCUCUGGUGGGGGACAGUCUACUGGAGCCCUUCUGGCCCAUGGGGACAGGCUGUGCUAGAGGGUUCCUGGCUGCCUUUGACACGGUGUGGAUGGUGAGGGGCUGGGCGCAGGGCAAGACCCAUCUGGAGAUACUGGCAGAAAGGGAGGGCCUCUACAGGCUAUUACCCCAAACAACGACAGAGAACAUCUCAAAGAACUUUGAUCAGUACACCAUAGACCCGGUAACACGGUACCCCAACCUCAACUCCAGCUGUGUCAAGCCACAUCAGGUGCGUCACCUGUUCAUAGAUGGGCAGCAGGACUCCUGUCCUCUGGAGCGGGGUGGACCCACACAUAGAUCUGUCAAUCUCUCUAGACGAGAGUCGGACAUCAGGCCCAGCCGCCUCCUCACCUGGUGUCAGCAGCAGACGCAGGGGUACAGGGGUGUGGACGUCACCAACCUCACCUCUUCCUGGAAGAAUGGCCUGGCACUCUGUGCUCUUAUACACCGCCUCCGGCCAGACCUCAUUGACUUUGACUCCCUGAAUGAGAAGGACUCGGCCAAGAACAACCAGCUGGCCUUUGACAUAGCAGAGCAUGAGUUUGGUAUCCAGCCUGUGACCACGGGGAAGGAGAUGGCUCUGGACCAGGACCCUGACAAGCUGAUGAUGGUGCUGUACAUCUCCAAGCUUUACGAGAUGUUCCGCAACUCGCCUGCAUCCAUCACUGGUACAAGGGAAACGGAUGAGAACAAUGAGGAGUAUUCAUCAGAGUCUGCAUACUUGGUUUACAACUUAAUUAACCAAACACAGCCCAAAAAAAGGAUCCCAAAGGAUGACCGGAAGCUGGAGGAGAACGACCCAAUGAACAAAAGACGAAGAAAGGGCAGCAACUAUUUAGAGGAGUUGUCCUGUCAGAGUGCCCCCCCUGCAGGUGACGGCGGGGAGCAGAAUAAAGUGCGCUCAAUGGCCACACAGCUACUGGCCAAGUUUGAGGAGAAUGCAUCGCCCGGCGGUUCCCUGCACAAUAAGUCUUAUUUGCACUCAGACUCUGAUUCAAGCCGUCCUUCAUCUCCUUCUCUGGAUAUGACGGAGAACCCUCGCUUCGCUAAGCCCAGGGAACAGCCCCCUCCCUCGCCUCCACCCCCACGCCCCAAGUGGCAGCCGUCCAUCUAUAUGCAACUCUUAGAAGAGCCUGCAGCCGUGGCGCAACCCACUCCCCUGUACAUUCCCACGAGGUCCUGGAGUCCUUCUCCACAUGAUGAUCAUACACAGGCCUCUCCGCGUGCAGAGUUGGUGCAGCAGAGAGUGUGGAUUCCACACACCGAAACCCCAGAUGGUGUAGAUUACCCAGAACACCCUUUUCCUGACCCCACAGGGGUGGGCCAGCGCCUAGAGAAGCUGGAGGACAAGAUGAGCCAGAAAAAAGUGCAAACUGUAACUACUGGGGAAUUUAACAGGAAGAGUAUAAAGGAUAGGGCAGUCCUCCUGCGUUCUAUGUUCCCUGAGUCAGAGACUCCUCAAGUGAAAGAGUAUAAGACGGAUCUGUCUGCCUUUGUCCCUAAAAGCACUUCAAUACACACUGUCCCUGAACCCUCUGCUCUUUCCUGCUUCUCUUCUCUUACCGCAACAUCUCCUGUGCACCAAGACAAGUGCAAUGGAAGUUCUGCAUCAAGUAGACUCAUUCAAAAGCCAAUCAAACGUUCUGUGAGUUAUCAAGCUGAACCCUUCAAGCCUGACAAGUCCGCCGAACAGUGCAACGGGACUGCUGGAUCAAGUAUUCAAAAGCCAAUCAAUCGAUUUGAGAGUUAUGAAGCUGGCCCCUUAAAGUCCACCGAACAGUGCAAUGAGAUUGCUGCACCAAGUAGAAUGAUUCAAAAAACAAUUGUUCGAUCUGAAAGCUGUCCAGCUGAGCCCUCUAAGCCUACUAAACAGAGGACAGUGGGGAAGGUCUCUUCUCACAUAGGUGCUAGGGCUGAAACUCUAGCCAUCCUUUAUGAAACUGACCACAGGCCUAAUGCCUCGCCGUGUAUCAUGCGGAAGGAGUUCCCUCAGAACCUGGGAGGCAGUGACACGUGUCACUUCUGCUCCAAGCGUGUGUACGUGAUGGAACGUCUCAGCGCUGAGGGACACUUCUUCCACAGGGAGUGUUUCCGCUGUGACGUCUGCAGCUCCACACUACGCCUGGGAGGACACGCCUACAACUCCCAACAGGGCAAGUUUUACUGCAAGCUUCACUAUUCUCAGUGUCGACCCAGCCUUCAAAGUUCAAGCAAGGUCCUGCGGAGAACGGAGGACCAGGGACGUCUGACGUCUUCGCUGGACCGGAGUGACCCCUACUUGGCCACGGGCAGCCUGCAGAACCAGCCCUCAGGGCGUGACUGCAGAUACAUGGGCCUGUUGAAUGGACUGUACACCCACACGGUGCCUGAGGUGGCAGAGGAGGCCGUGGACCUGGACAUGCCUGACUCCAACAGGACUUGCAGUGCUGACUCGAAGAAACAGGACCACUCAAAUACUUCUCUCCAACCACAAGAUUCUGCACAGGAGAAGAAAGAACCUUCCAGUUCCACGUCAUCUCUCCUGUCUGGGAACAGCCGAUGGAAGAGGAAGAUCCAUGCUACUCUCCCUCUCAUCCUGGUGAGGCACUUCUCACAUGAAAAAGCUGCAGAAGAAGAGGAGCCCACCAUUGAAGAGGCCAACUCUGAUUUCAAGGAGAUUGAACCACUGCAGGUCUCCCAUGAUGGUCCUAAACUACCUCCAGAUUCUCAGAAUCUAUUGAUGGGUAAAGAAGAGCGUCCUGUCACCAAAGUGCCCCAGCUGGAGGAAGCAGUCGGCCCAAAGAAGAGGCUGACACUGUCCCUGUCUGAGAAAGAGAAGCUCCUGGACUGGAACCUGGUUACUCCAGAGGAGGCCCGAAGCCCUGGAGGAGGAGGCCCAUCCAAACACUCCAAACCUGGGGACCAGAUCCCCCAGAAGGACCCAUUGCCUCAGGUAGACCCAGAGAUAGAACCAGUCCCAGCUCAGCCCCAGCCGGCACCGUCCACGUUCCAGGUUUGGGCAAAUGCCUUCAGGAGGUAUUUUGGGGUAUCGGGGACAACAACAGACUCCAACACAGUUGUCACCAGGAGGAAUAACAACGGGCCCACCAAGCCCAGGCCUCUGUCUGACGGAGCCUUCAGCUUUAGGUCCCUGUUUGGGGCUACUGCCCAAAGCCAGGAGGCCAAACCAGUCGGAGUGGAUCAGAAGAGCCAGCUGACCCCACACCCAUGCAAGGCCUCCAUGGGUGAAAGACCCUCAGACCUGCCCAUGCUACUGGAGCAGGUGUCCCUAGGCAGCAACAAGUCUGUGGGCUCCAUCACCACCGACGACAUGGCCUUUCUGCCGCCCAGGAAGCUCAACUUCUUCUCCUCCCUGAGGCUGAAGAAGAGAGAGGGGCUGGAGAGUGUGGGAGUGGGGGGUCAGGAGAAGGACAUCGGGACCAUCCUGUCCAACAUCAGGAACAAAGCCUCCAGCGAGCAGCAGAAGGAUGAGUCCAACUCCUCAAGUGACGAUGAGCUUGUCCCAGCCAAACCUUUGGCUGGGAGCUUGUCCCAGCCGAAGACCCAUGGGAGCUCAGAGAGACAGAGGAGGAGGCAGGAGAAGACUGGGAUUCAACAGGACAAGAGAGAGCAGCUGAAGAGACUCCACAGAGCCCAGAUCAUCCAGAGGCAGCUGGAGGAAGUGGGGGAGAAGCAGAAGGACCUGGAAGAGAGAGGGGUGUCCAUUGAGAAGGUCCUUCGUGGCGAAUCCCCAGACAAAGGUGAUGGUCUCUCUGAUGAGCACGAGCUCCUUCAAAUGUGGUUCAAGCUGGUCCUGGAGAAGAACAGACUGGCACGCUACGAGGAAGAGCUGGUCAUAUUUGCUCAGGAACUCGAGCUGGAGGACAGACAGAGUCAACUACAGAUGGAUCUACGACACAGGAUGUCCAUAGACGAUUCCAGGAAGAGCUCCAGUGAGCUGGCGGAGGAGCAGAAGAUGCUGACAGAGAUCAUGAAGGUGGUGGAGAGGAGAGACACUCUGGUCAGCCUGCUGGAUGAGCAGCGGCUGCAGGAGAGGGCUGAGGACAGAGACCUGGAGAGCCUUGUACUGUCUAGAGGCUACCAGUUCCACUGGACCUGAGGAGAGUCAGCCCUCUGGGGCAGGGAAAAGGCUACAGUACCAUGCAGUUCCACAGGCAGAAGAGACAAGUGACUUCACUACUACUGACUACACUACUGGAUUUGGCCACACGUGGCAUGAUGAUCCUUUGAAUAUGUACAUUUGACUUGUCAAUUCCUACUUGAGGAUCACACCUCUUAUGGACCUGAGGGUUGUACAUCAAGUGUCUGUAUAGCCUAGUCUCUCGAGACAGCCUUCAGAGAUUACUGUAUGCCUAUCCAAGAACAUCUCAGAAUGUAUGCAGCCUUAUGAAUGGAAUAAAUUAAAUAGAAUAAUAUAAAACACUUUGUCAGUUGCACUUAUAAACACUACAGAAACCCAAAGAUUCAGCCUAUCAAAUAUUUUUUCCAUCUGAAAGUAAAAUAUACUUAUGUAUAGGCCUCUAUUAAUUCUGUUCAUGUGUUGUAUCGUUGCUGUUGUGUUGAGGAGCACUGGAGAAAAAAAAUGACUGGAUAUUGUAACUUUAUCUGCACUGUAUAAUCCAAUACACCAAGGACAGUGUCAGUGAAGUUAAUGGGUGUCCAUGUUUGUAAUGUUCCACAGGACUUUUUACUAUUAUUAUUAUUAUUAUUAUGUCUGAAGUCAUACACGUCAGUACUGACCACAAUCAACAUGAUUUGAUUCACUUUUAUGAGUACAAUUUUCCCUCCUUGUUUCAUGUAAAUUAAGAUUGUAUCUGUUGGUUCAAUUAUUUAUUUAGUUGACAAGUUUAAAUCAAAUCUUAUUUGUCACAGGCUUCAUAAACUACAGGUGUAGACUAACAGUGUUGAAGAGAUG